GAGUAUUCACCUGGAGAGGACAUAUAAAUCAGUCAAUCAACUUGUGAGAAUCAAUGUUUACUACUGUUUUUGUGAUUUAAUGAAAGUUUGGAAAUUUGAUGUCCUACAACUUGAGUGUUAAGACAAUGAGGAUAUGAUUCAGUGUGUCAAGCUAUGGAAAUAAUAUCUGACAUUGAUCACAAUAACAAACUACUUCAUAGGAUUUCCUGUGAUUUUAACAAUAUAAAUCACAAUGACGUUGGACCGCGACACCCGGCCUGAUUACACGGACGAGACGAUGACAUCCCAGGCUGCUUCAUAUGCGCUCCAAGUCCUGCAGCGGGAUGAGCCCAUUAACAGUAGAAAUAGUCCCAGCACACUCAAUGUCCUCACCAACAGCUCUGACUUUGAGUUUACUAAUAGUAUGCUCCAGUUGGAGCAUGACAUAGAUCAGCUGAGCCUCACAGAAAAAUCCUCUUCAUCGUCCUCGACACCUUCUCCCACCGAAGCACACUCUGCCCCUGUCACACCUUCCCAUCAUGCUGCCAAUAAACGACAGGAGGAUGAACUAGAGGUUGGUUACCGUGACGCAGCCCAGAGAGGAUUUUUUGAGGGUCUGCUAGGCUGUCUACGACCAGUUUGGUCCAUGAUUGGAAAAGCAGCACAGAAUGAACUUAAACAGCAAGAUGACUGGGAGAUCCCUUUUGAGAACAUCACUGACCUUCAGUGGCUAGGAAGUGGUGCUCAGGGUGCAGUCUUUCUGGGAAAACUUAAUGGCGAAGAAGUGGCAGUGAAGAAAGUACGUGAUGUUAAAGAGACUGACAUCAAAAACCUCCGUAAACUUAACCACCCGAACAUCAUCACGUUCAAAGGUAUAUGCACUCAGGCACCAUGUUACUGUAUAAUCAUGGAGUAUUGUCCCUAUGGCCAACUUUACGAGAUUCUCAGGGACGGAAAGGAGAUACCACCACAGUUGGUCCUAGACUGGACCAAACAGAUCGCCAGUGGCAUGAACUAUCUCCACAAUCACAAAAUUAUACACAGGGACCUCAAAUCACCAAAUGUUUUGGUGGCAAAAAAUGAUGUGGUUAAAAUCUCUGAUUUUGGGACGAGUCGGACCUGGAACGAGAAGAGCACCAAAAUGUCAUUUGCAGGAACUGUAGCAUGGAUGGCUCCCGAGGUGAUCCGAAAUGAACCUUGCUCUGAGAAAGUAGAUAUCUGGUCAUUUGGUGUUGUGCUGUGGGAACUCCUGUCUGCAGAGAUUCCAUACAAAGAUGUUGACUCCUCAGCCAUCAUUUGGGGUGUAGGUAGUAAUAGUUUACACCUGCCUGUCCCCACUACCUGUCCAGAGGGCUUCAAGUUACUGAUGAGACAAUGCUGGAGUGCCAAAACCAGGAAUCGACCAUCAUUCCGUCAGGUUCUCAUGCAUCUGGAGAUUGCAUCUCCUGAACUACUGAGUUAUUCCCAUGAUGACUUCAAGAUGUCACAGGCAUCCUGGAAAGAAGAGAUUGCUCAGCAACUCCAAUUGAUUCGUUGUGAGGGGUCUCACAUGCCCCACCUUGAGGAGGAACUGGUCAAGCGAAGGAGGGAGGAGCUACGACAUGCCCAGGAUGUACGAGAACACUACGAGAGGAAGCUGGAGAGGGCUAACAAUCUGUACAUGGAACUCACAGCCUGUAUGCUGCAACUUGAAAAACGAGAAAGGGAACUCAUCAAGCGUGAACAACAACUGGCUAUGUACACCAAGAAAAGGAAGAGUAUUGUUCGUCCAGUGAUCCGUGCCCAGGAGCGGAUAGAGAGACUCAGCAAGAAGCGCAUGUACAAGUCUGGUUCAGAGGUCACAAGCCCCGACAACCCUAACAUGGACAGCAGUAUGACGACAAGCUCUGAGGUAGUUCUUCCAUCGCCAACUAAGCAGAGGAUGAGGAAAAGUCGGCAUCGUCGUACAAACAGUAAAGGAUCUUUGAGUAACAUAAUGGGAAGCCCAGCCAAGAGUCCCAUUAGAGAUGUACUAAACGAUGAACUCCAGGGGAAGUCCGUUGCCCUGCGACGCCUUGAGCAUGCUCCUCUGGCCUCAUCGCGAUUUCCUUAUCAAGGGCCAGGCAUGGCAAUACCAGAGCAAGCUAUCCUACGGAGUCAUGAAAAUAAGCCAACAGAAAAUGUGAGAAAUGAGAAGAAUUUGAAUGAUGUUUGUUUUGGUUGUGAUGGAGAAUGUACAGACAAUUCAUGCCCUAGCAGUAAGCGGUCUAGCCGAGCCAGUGCAGACGUAGAAAGUAAUUUGGGGGACUCCAUUGGGGGCUCCCCAUGUCGGAGCCCCUCCCAAGCCCUCUACGAUUUAGUGGAGAACCAAAACAAUGAAAUCAAAACAACUACCAGAGAGAAAGACUCUAAUGAAAAUUUAAAUUGUCCUAUAGACUCUACUAAUUUAACCACGAACACUUCAAUUGAGUGCACAUGUACAUGUACAACAAGCACUGCUAUACCUGUGAUAGAUGCUAAUUCCAUUACUAACCAGACUGUGACUCGCACAACAAGUGAACCACAGCUAUCGCCAAAACGGCCACAUAUCGCACAACGGAUGAGCAGUUUAGAUUCCAGUGAUUCUAUAAACAUUCCCCGACAUCGGCAUGAGCACCGCCCAAACCGACCGAGAAAGAAUUCUGAUGACUCCUGGUCUUCAGAGGAAGGUGAAGUAAGCGAGGACGACAAAAGGAGAUCUCGCAACAGGCGGUCAUACUGUUCUACGAUCAGUUCAGAGGGAAUCCUAUCAGAGGAGGAGAAUACGAGUGAACACUCUGCUCAGGAUACUCCAGACGGACUUCUGUCCACCAACAGCUCUGAGAAUCUCCAGAUGGAGCUGGCUAACUGUGCUGUGAUAUCUGACGGACUCUCUGACAAGGAACUUACAGUCAGGAAGAUACGCAACCAGGUGUCUGCUUCUCCAGACCGUGUAUUUGAGCAUCCUGAUACAAGUUCUGAUUCUGAUGAAUGUUCCGACAUCACUGUCUCAACUACCGUACACAGGACACGAUCACUUGAAACCAGCGGAUGGUGAUAUGUGAAACCAAGUUAUAGUGACAUGUGAAACCAGUGGAGGUGAUAUGUGAAAGAAAUUCACAUGUAAGGGGAGACAACUAUUUAUGAUUCCAUCAUUAUAUAGAGAAAAUAAAAUCUAUGAACUUUUCCUUGAUAGACAAAAACAGUUUCCAUCAAGUUUCCUUAGGUGACAUGGAUUUACAUGACUUUAUCCCUUUUUAAUGGAUACUGAGUUACAUCAUGGCUUUUAAAGACAGUUGACUCUGCAGUGAAAGCCUGUAUUAAAUUAUUAUGUGAACUGACAAAUUCAAAGGGAGACAACUGAGGUGACUUUAUGUUGUUAAUGAUGUGUAACUCCUUUUAGUUCAAGAGGAGGAAAGGUUCUGUAAUGAAUGAACAGGUUACUAAUGACAAUCUCCCAAAAACUAAAUUUAGAGAGAUAACUGUUGAGUAUUGUGAUACUAGAAUAUUUGAUUUAAUGUACAACAGAUUAUUUAUAACCAUUCUGCCCCUCCCAAAUAUCUUCAUUAGACUUGUCCAGUUGUUAGAUAUCAAACAGCCCAUGUUGGAAUCUCAGGGAUGGCAGGGUGAUUGUACAUUCUUUGAUAGGUCAGAUGUUACAAAAUAAUGAACAGGGCAAUGUAAUUUGAAAUAAACAUUUUUAUCUAGAAUAUUUGUCCCGUAAUGUUCAGAUCAUUAAAGUCACACCAACAUUUCCUCAUCAUAUUAUCAGUAAGAAUAUAUUUCUUUUAAUAAGUUUAUUUUAUUUUUCCACAAAAACAUCGUUUCUGCUUGAAUGUAUAUGUUGAUUUAUUGUGCGGUUAACAUUUUUUCUUGAUCUGCAUACAGACUACAAUAAACUUUGGCCCAUACAAUACCAGGACAGAUCCAUUAUAUAUAAAUGGGUUAAGAUACAAUACCAGGACAGAUCCAUUAUAUAAAUGGGUUAAGAUACAAUACCAGGACAGAUCCAUUAUAUAAAUGGGUUAAGAUACAAUACCAGGACAGAUCCGUUAUAUAAAUGGGUUAAGAUAAAAUACCAGGACAGAUCCAUUAUAUAUAAAUGGGUUAAGAUCGAUGAAUUGUCCUGUUUUAGUGGCAUGGUCAACUUGGUUUUCCUUUAUUGAAUAUCAGCAGUGUUAUCAAAUCACUUUGGCGCCAAAAGACUUUACUUUGUAUAAAUUGUAUGACUAUAGGAAAAAGAUCGAAUAACCUUUGCCAUAUGGCAGAGUCUAUUCCAUCAUUCAUUUUUGUCUUGCCUUUGAAAAGAUCACAUAGUGGAAUUUAUGGUCCAGUGACUCACAUAGUGGAAUUUAUGGUCCAGUGACUCUGGAGAUUAAGGAUGCUGGAAAUCUGGAAUUUUUAGCUCACUGUUGUUUUGACAUCACAACACACCCUACAGCUUACAUGAAUUUAACAAUUUGGCUGUAUUUUUGGGUUAAAAACCUUCGAUUUUGAAAAAUUUAUACGAAAUCAUUAUUCUUUUUCCUAUUGCUUAAUAAAUUAGUUUAUAGCCAAAUUGGAAUUAAUUAUAUCACAUAGCAGAUGUAUUUCCCUCUCACUUUUCAGAAAGAGUGAUUUUUGGGACAAAAAUGACAUAUUUCAGUGAAUUUUGAGAAUUAGCAUUUUACAAUAUUUAAUAUUUGUUUUGCAGUGCAUCAGUAUUUACACUUGUCUAUAAUGUAUUCAGAGUUAAUUCUCCCAUACUAUAAUGUAUACAGAGUUCUCCCAUACUAUUAUGUGGAGGUUUUUGGGUUGUUUUUGGAUAAAGAUACUGAAAUUUUAUUGAGUUUACAAUAUGUUUAUUGACACAGCAGGACAGAUGAGACAUACAAUUAUGUUGUAAUUCUUGUUGAUCUAACAUUUUACUGUGCCUCCAAAUAUUGUAUACAGUAUUCAAACUGGUUGAUAAAAUUUUAAAUAUACAUGUACUGCUGGUAAUUUUGCAUACUGAAAGGCAACUUUUAUGGAGUUGUAUGCUCUUAAUAAGUAUCUUAAACUUAGAAAUGUGUAUAAAAGCAUUGAAUCAGAUCCCUUUCCAUGCUACCAAAAACCUUGUCACAUGCUAAGCUAAUUAGUAAGUAUGACCCUGUUUUGACACAACCUAACUGGUAGAAAGAUGUCAGGUUUGGUCAACUAAUCAAAAUACUGUAGUCCAAAAUAUCAACCUCAGCAUACAAGCCAUUAGGUAAGUGAUAUCUGAUUAUUGUACAUUAAUUGGUUGUUAACAUACUCUCAAUUAGUCCAAUAUUACCAUUUAUGUGUCUUUUAGUUUAUGUUCUAAAAAUGUAUUGUUUGCAUUGUAACAUCAUUUUGUUCUUUGUAGCUUUGGAAGAUUUAAUAUUUUUCUAAAUGGCCUUAUUUUGAGAUAUAGGAAAAUUUUAUAAUUUGAUGAUUUUAAUUUUGUUACAACUUUCAUAGUUUUUCAACAUAUCCUUAUAUCUAUAAAAGGUUGGCAAUUUUUUUUAAAUGUUUCAAUAUGUUAAGUCUAAUACCAUGCCCCUUAUGUAUUGAAAGAGUUUUGAAAAUAAUUAUUCUGAAGCAAUUGAAAUAUUAGCUUCAUGUUUAUGUCCACUCCUAAUAGCAACUCCUCAUUGAUGUAUAGCUAUUUUUGGUGAUAAUGUUUUAUUUGAUCUCAUGCUUAUUUUUUCAUAAUUUUUUUUUCAGUAUAUUUUGUUUUUUGUUUUUUGGUUUGAUUUAUUAUAUAGUUAUUUCACAUAUUCAAACUGAUGAUAUCUUAAUUGACAAUAAUGUCACAGUGUUGUACCAGUUACGUCCUCAUCAAUGUAUCCUUCCUGUGAGUAGGAUUAAUUCUGAUGGGAUUAUUUGUCCUUUGUUUUUGGUGCAAUUAGAAUUGUUAUUCAAUUAAAAAAUAAAUCAGUUUCUUUAUCAAUA